CAAGGGGAAGUUCUGGACAUAACAUAGGCUAAUAUAGGAAAAGACGACAAAACUACCAAACUUUACCGAACUCUUUCUUUCAGUUCUCGACAAUCUGUUUUGAAAAGUAUUCUGCUCUUGUUGCUGACAAUGUCUUCGCAGUUCAACAGAGGCCCAGCAUACGGGUUUUCAGCGGAAGUGAAGAGCAAGAUUGCACAGAAAUAUGAUCCCCAAAAAGAAGAAGAAUUACGAGUUUGGAUUGAGGGCAUCACUGGGCGGUCAAUCGGAGAUGACUUCCAGAAAGGGUUGAAAAAUGGUGUAAUACUCUGCGAGCUUGUUAACAAACUUCAGCCAGGGUCUGUGAAGAAGAUUAACCAAUCGUCCCAAAACUGGCAUCAGCUAGAGAACUUGACCAACUUCAUUAAAGCGAUCACCACCUAUGGACUCAAACCUCACGAUAUUUUUGAGGCCAAUGAUCUGUUUGAGAAUGGAAAUAUGACACAGGUUCAGACCACACUUCUGGCUCUUGCUGGCAUGGCUAAAACCAAGGGCAUCCACUCAAAUGUAGACAUUGGAGUGAAAUAUGCAGAGAGGCAGGAGAGGGCUUUCGAUGAAGAGAAAAUGAAAGCUGGGCAAUGUGUCAUAGGACUACAGAUGGGAACAAAUAAAUGUGCAAGUCAAGCUGGAAUGAAUGCCUACGGUACCAGAAGACACCUGUAUGAUCCCAAGUCACAUAUUCUACCACCAAUGGACCAUUCAACCAUCAGUCUUCAGAUGGGCACUAACAAGGGUGCUAGCCAAUCUGGUAUGACGGCUCCAGGGACCCGCCGUGCCAUCUACGACCAGAAAAUUGGCACAGACAAAUGCGACAACUCCACAAUGUCUCUACAAAUGGGCUACACUCAAGGCGCCAACCAGAGCGGGCAAAAUUUUGGGCUUGGCCGUCAAAUCUACGAUGCCAAAUACUGCCCCAAAACUGCACCCGAUGCAACAGGAGAAGGAGCUGAUGCUGUUGGCUACACAGAUUACCAAGACGAGGGCUACCAGGGUUAUCAGGAUGACGGUCAAGAUUACUGAAUUGACCAAUCACAGGCUAUGAGUCUGAAUAAGAAGCUAAAGGGAAGUGUUUACUUCCUUGUAAAACAAAAGACAGAAAACAUGAAAGUGACCCAUAUGAAACAUAUCACUUACUUUUAAACUUUAUCAAUAUUAUUUUUAUAAACGGUAUGUUUGGUUCAUUUGAAACGAGAGCCCAACAAAAUUUGUUAAGUGUUAUGCGUGUUAUUUUUUGUGUAAUUUUAUAUAAAAACGUUGAUCUUAAAAUGCAAGUGUGACGGGGUUAUUGUAAAGUUACAUUUACAUAAUCCCAAAUGUGCUUUCUUGUGAAGAAAUUUGAUAUUAAGUAUGGACGAGAGAGCGUUACGCGAGUGUUUCAUUUAUUGAAUAUAGAAUAUAACAUGCUCUGGGUUUAAAAAUCACUCUUCUUGUCAGUUGAGCAUGUGAAGGAUAAUUUUUGCUGUUACAGUUGAAAGAUGCAAGUUAAACUGCUUAGGGUUUUGAUGUGGUGAACCUUUACUGGAGUCAUGUUGUCCAUUUAGUUAAUUUAAGACCUUACUUUCCCAGUAAUUUUUAUUAUUGUGUUUUUAGAGACACUUAGAGCACAUUUUUGACAUGCACAAAAAGAAAGAGGUUCUCUUAUUUCAGUAGCAUUUGAGUCAGUGUCUGCUUUUGACAUUCUAAAGAUUCUACUUCCUCAGUUGAUGUGAGGAGAUAAUAUGAUAUAUGUUACUGUCUCACAUACAAUCUGUAUUGUUUUUUUAAAUAGUUAAUCUUUGUAUUAGUGUCUCAUUUUACAUCAAAUAUUUUACUUUUUGUAGAGCCAGAACAACUGGAGCAUGUCUUGUUUUCUUUGGAUUAUAGUAUUGUAAAUGGAAAUUGAAGUAUAAUAUUGUGAGCCUUGAACAUUCCAAAUUAGGAACUGGAUUCAUUAUUUUCAUUCCACAGUAUUUGUUCUCAUUCCAAAAGGCUUUAACCUUUUGUACUAGACAUUGGAAAAUUUUAGGUCUGCUUUUUCCCCCAGCUUUCUCGUGGAGUAUCAUGGUUAGAUGAAUGCAGUAAGUGUUGGGUUUAUAAUAAAAGAUGAUGAACAAGA